AUGCCGCAGAGACACUCGAAGAACAACAACGAUCUUGCGUAUUUCACUUACGACGAGAAGAAGAAGUUAGGGUAUGGAACCCAGAAGGAGAGAUUGGGGAAAGACUCGAUCAAGCCUUUCGAUGCUUGCUCCCUCUGCUUGAAGCCCUUCAUCGAUCCGAUGUGUUGCCACAAAGGUCAUGUCUUCUGCAGAGAGUGUAUCCUCGAAUGUUUCCUCGCGCAGAAGAAAGAUAUCCAGAGGAGGCUUGCUGCACAUGAUUCUCAAAAGAAUCAAGAUAAGGACGAAGAAGAAGAGAAGCUAAUGUUACAGAAGGCGAGAGAGCUCGACGAGUUUGAUCAGCAAAACCAUGCUACACCAGGAGCUUCGGUCAGAGUGCAAGAUCCGGAAACUCACACUGUCUGUCCAGAGGGGAAAGAGAAGCUCAAGCUUAAGAACCUCUUUGCUAUCCGUUUCACAGAAGACAACAGUGAAGAAGAGAAGAAGACAACAUCGUCAUCUUCAAGCUAUGACAGAAGCUACAUUUUCCCUAGCUGCAAAGUCACUCUCACCAACACCAUGUCUCUCGUGGCACUUAGCUCGUGUGGGCAUGUUUUCUGCAAGAAGUGUGGUGAGAAGUUUAUGCCUGUCGACAAAGUCUGUCUCGUGUGUGACAAGCCUUGCAAGGACAGGAACUUGGUUGGGUUAAAGAAAGGAGGCACGGGUUUUGCUGAGCACGAUGAUCAUCUGGAGGCUAAGGAGUACAAGCAUUUGGGUAGUGGCUCUGGUUUAGGGCUUGUGAGGCCGGUUAAGACAUAA